AUGAACCUAACAAAUCUGCUGAACUUCGAAUCAAUGCAAUAUCGCGGCGCACAGACGCAAGCGAGUGCUGUAAACAUUUUUGUUGCCAAUUCUUUGCGCACACUUAUUGAGGAUUUCUAUCAGCGGAUAGCGCCGGCCUUCAUUGUGAUUAUAUCCUGUCGGCGCCCCAGUCCGAUGAACUUCUAUCGCACCAUCAUGCAGCUCCUGUACGAGAAUGUGGAUACAAUGAUCAUACAAUUGGUGCAUCACAAUAACGAGGCGCCGCGUCGCAUUGAGGGGCCGCGUCUGCACAAUUUGCUGCUCGUGGACUCGUUAGAUGCUCUGCUGGAUAUUGAAAUUCACACCUAUACGGCACAGUACGAUGCACACGAGUACUACUACAUAUUUCUGCAACAGCGUGACGCCCGGAUACCGGAGGAUAUGCAGGGUGUAUUCGAGUACUGCUGGCGUCAUCAGCUCAUCCAUUGCAAUGUAAUGACACAAAGCUCCGGUGGAGAGGUCAUCAUGCACACCUACUUUCCAUACACGCCCACGCAUUGUGGACACAUUGUGGCCGUCAAAAUAAAUCAGUUUAUGGGAGAUGCCUGGCAGCAUCGCGACUACUUUCCAUCGAAAUUAAAAAACUUCUACCAAUGCCCGCUGCCAGUGGUCGUCCGCAAAAUGCCGCCGUUCUUCAAUGUCAUAGGUCUUGAAGCUUUGGGAUUGCACGGCCUGGAGGGGCAGUUACUACAGGAGCUGGCGAACCGUUUGAACUUCACCAUACGCUUGAUUGCCUUGGAUAAGCAAGAUGAUGAUGUGUGGACGGAGCAUCAAAUGCUGCAACUGCUGCAGGAACGAAAGGCCCAGGUCGCCGUCGGCUAUAUCAGAAAACGUCUGGUAUACGACGCAAAUCUAACCGCUGUCUUUCCACACUACUCCAAUAUGCUGGUUAGCUGCCUGCUUAAGAACGCCUACAACCUGACCAGCAUUGAGAUGCUACGCUUUCCCUUUCAAACGAUUACAUGGUUGAUGCUGCUCCUAAUCCUAAGCUGGCUGUGCUUCACGCUAAUCGUGCGGGCCAUGUAUUCGGCGUUACUCUACCAUGUGCUGCGCCACCACGUUCACAGACGGCUGCCCAAAACGCUGCUGGAAUUAAUGCAGGGCGGCUAUACGGCAGUUCUCAACCGCAUCACCUUGCAGGACUUAAGCGAGGUCGUGAGCUUUGAGGAUUUCUUCAGCAAGCGCCACGUAAUCAUCCAUUCGGAGCUAGAGGUGGAAGUGCUGCAGAAUGUGGAAAUGCGCGUGCAAUCGCCCGAAGCCGGUGCUCAUCCGAAAAUCUUUGGCGUGCUCUCUCGUGAUACGCUCAUGUAUCUGGCCAGCAAAACCCAGAAGCCGGGUGCCUAUCACAUAGUCGACGAAUCCGUUAUAGAGCAGCAGCUGGCUAUGUACUUGCAAAAGCAUUCCUAUCUGGUCCAACAGUUCGAUCAGCUCAUCAUGUCCAUCCAAGCGGUGGGUCUGAUGAACUACUGGUCCAGUCAAUUGGCCAAUGAGCAGUAUUUUCGAAACAUGUUUCUAUACCGAGAAAAGCGGCUACGACAGCCCGAUCUUUGGGGCAUUUAUAUAAUCGCCGCCACUCUAUACAGUUUCGCUCUACUCAUUUUCAUUGGAGAACUGCUGGCGGAACUCUGCUCCAGGCUGUGGACGCGAUGGCGCAUUAAAACCCAACACGUUUUCAUCCAUUGA